CUGUGUGGCAUGGAGUCGGAGGAGAUUCAAGGUCGUCUGCUGUUCCCGUCGCUGUCGGAGCUGAACCUGAGCAAGAACUGCCUGAGUAGUCUCCCCUCGGACAUCGGAGAGCAGGGCGCCCUCAAGAUUCUCUCCCUUCGCGGCAACGGAAAGCUGCGGGAGCUCCCCCCCAAGCUAGGCCUCCUAAAGAACUUGUGGAAGCUGGAGCUAGAGUUGUGUCCCCUGGACGGAACCAUCCAGGACUUCCUGCUCAACUCUCGCUUCCCUGUCAAGGACAUCCUGGGAUUUCUGCAGUCUGUGCUGGAGGAGUGA